AUGAGCACAUCUCAAUGCACAUUUCUCCCAUCCCUCGUCUUAUCCCUUCCAUCUGUUUGGGCUCCCAUCAACCAGUGGGGUCUCGAGGAUGGCAGACGCGCCGCGAGUUAUGCGAUGACCCUAGACAAGGAUUGGGCACGUCCCUAA